CGCGAGUCAGUCGCUCGCCGUCGCCGUCGCUGUCGCCGUGCUUCGCCACUUGCGUUCGCCGCCGCUUGUUGCCUGUGGCCGUUUUCACCGUUCGAGCGUCGUCUGCCUUGUUGGCAUCGCCCUCGUCGCCACGCCGCGAUGAAGGUGUUUGUGAACCGUGUCGAUAGCACCCUUGGCGGCCUCCUAGCCAAGCGCUUGCUGGAGCGACCACCAGCUGGGGAAGAUGAAGAGGAGGUCGUGGACAUUUCUCCCAUCGAGGUCGUGGGCUCGCUGAGCGCCGAUCCCAACGCCCGCGCCCCGAGCUGGGUCUCGUCCGUUGUAUCGACGGCCGAUCGUGCCAGCUUUGUGGCCGCCACGGCAGACUGCGACAGUUUUAUCUUCGACAUCAGCCAGGAUCCCGCCGAGGCCAGCCUGGCCACAUGGACAGCCCAAUACUACAAGGAGCGGCUGGAGGACAUUCUUAAGCCCCGCACCAUUUGCUGCGUGUCCUCCGUCCUCACUUGGGCCUCCACCAAGCCUGCCGAUCCAGAUGCGGAGGAGGUGGCCCCUCUGGUUGAGGAUGAAUUUCGCCGCCGCCGAGCCCAUCGCUCCUAUCGUACUCUUCUCGAUGCCGAAAAGACCAUCACAAAGUGCGGCAAGAAAACCGAUGGCAAGCUAUUUACCUCUGUCAUUUGUGCUGGCCUCGUCUACGGCCGCGGCGAGACAGCCUUGCAUAGCCUCUUCCGCCGUGCCUGGGAGAUGAACGAGGAAUCGCUGCCCGUGUAUGGUGGCGGUGCCAACUACAUCCCCACCAUCCAUGUUGACGAUCUGGCCAGUACCGUCAUCGACACGGUUCGCUCCGGCUCCGGUGGUCAGUACAUCGUGGCUGUUGACGAGUCCAAGCACACGCUGCGCGAGAUUGCUGAAUGCAUCAGCAAAAAUCUCGGUCCAGGCAAGAUCCACGACGCAACCCUUGAGGAGGGUCUGCUGGAUCCCUUCUCCAGUCAGAGUGAAUUUGAUCUGCUCAGUAUCAAUCAGCAGUUUGACCAGGGCAGCAUCGCAGAGAUGGAGUUUGAGUGGCACUCGGCCGAAGGUCUAAUUGCCAACAUUCGCAAAGUCAUUCGCGAGUUCAAGGCAGCACGACACCUGAAUCCGCUGCGUAUUAUCCUACACGGACCCCCCGCCGUGGGCAAGACCACGCUGGCUCGCUUCCUGUCCCAGCACUACAAAUUGCCCUACGUCUCUGUGCAGUCUGCCACCGAGGACAAGAUCAAGGCGUUGCGUGCUAGUGCCGCCCGGAUUGAGAACGGCGAAGAUGAUCUCGAGGAAUCAGAAGUCGAACAGGCCCGCUUCGAUGCCGAUGAGCUGGCAGCCAUCGAGCAGGAGCUCCAGGACUCAGGAACUCACGACCUUUCGCAGACCAUCUCUUGGUUGCGCGAGAAAUUGCUGUCCAUGUCUUGCCUGAACCAAGGCUAUGUUCUGGACGGCGUUCCAGGGGAUGAGGAGCAGCUCAAACAGUUGAUGGCAAGGGGGGAUGAGGACGAGCUCGAGGAGGGUGAUGACGAAGUUGCAGACUCAGACGGCCCUAGCCCGCGCCUUGCACCCGACUUUGUCAUCCUGCUGGAUGCUCCUGACGCUUAUCUGACUGAUCGUGUCCUCAGCCUGCCCGAGCAGGAAGUGGCUGGUACCCGCAACACAGAGAGCGAAUACCCAUCUCGCUUGGCCAAGUGGCGCGCCGAGAACACCGACGAGCGCACCGUCCUCAACUAUUUUGAUUUGCAUGAGAUUCACCCCAUGACAAUUGACGUUCAAGGCUUGAGCCUGGACCUGGUGCAGCGACAGUUGCUGGACGUGGCGGGUGCACCGCGCAACUAUGGACCAUCGCCUGAGGAAGCCGCGGCUCUUGAAGCUGAGCGUGCGGCUCGUGAGGAGGCCGAGCAAGCCGUGCGAGAAAAGGAAGAGGCUGCUGCGCGUGCCAUCGAGGAAGAGCGGGCUGGUGCAGCGCAGGCGGAAUGGUCAGCCAAGCGUGACACGGUCAUGCGGGAGCAGCAGCAGGCUUUGGAUGAGGCCUCUUUGCCCUUGCGUACAUUUUUGAUGCGCCACGUCAUGCCCACGCUUACUCAGGGUCUACUCGAGGUAUGCAAGACUAAGCCCGAGGAUCCGAUUGAUUUUCUGGCCGAAUAUUUGUUUCAGAACAACCCUCAGAUUGAUUAGAUCAUAAUGGAGACAAUUUGCAAGCGCGACACCGCCUUGUCAUGUCGCAUCGUUGUGUGUUCCGUUUCGAGCCCAGCAGCCUUGUUUGUUUUGCAGCUGGAGCAUCAUAUUCCUGUCUUUUUCUGCCCUUUUUUUUUGUGUCUUGUCUCUUGAUCAUUGCGUCGUGCCCGAGGCACGGGACGCUAGACGAGCAAAUUGACCUGCUUGCU